CAACCAAAACGUGCACCCAGGUCCAGAGUUUGGGCAAUCCCCAGACGAGGUGAACCAUCCGUCAUGCAAAGAGGUCUGGUGGAGAUGACGUAGAUCCCCCACACAGUCGGCUGACUCUCCGCGGUAGAUGGCUGUCAGUUGGGGCUAGCCAGCUAACUCACCGUUGACAACGAUAACAUUCAGACUAUAUUCACAAGACAGAAAUAUCAAUACCAAAAUGGAUCAACAGUUUGAGGAAAUAGAUUCGUCUGGGCAGUGGCAAAACCUUUAUAAUGAAAUCCGAAACCAAGCGAGCGACUACUCAUGUAAGGUGGCAAAACUCCCAGAGAAUCAGAAUCGAAACCGAUAUAGAGAUGUCAGCCCCUAUGAUCACAGUCGCGUUAAACUUGAAAACUCUGAAAAUGACUACAUCAAUGCAAGUCUAGUCAUGGUGGAGGAAGCCCAAAGAACCUAUAUUCUGUCUCAGGGCCCCUUGAAGAACACCUGCGGUCACUUCUGGUUGAUGGUCUGGGAGCAGAACUCCAAAGCUGUUAUCAUGCUGAACAGAAUCCUAGAGAAGGGAUCUGAGAAGUGUGCUCAGUACUGGCCUACAGCUGAGGAACAUCAGCUGUCUUACACGGACACAGGGUUUGUCGUGACGUUAGUGAAGGAAGAGGACAAGUCCAACUACAUCAUACGAGUGUUGGAGCUGAGGAACACAGAGACAGGAGGAACCACAGAGAUAUACCACUUUCACUACACCACCUGGCCUGACUUUGGCGUCCCAGAAUCCCCGGCCUCUUUCCUCAACUUCCUGGUCAAGGUGCGGGAGUCUGGCUCAUUGGGGCCGGAGCACGGGCCCUCCGUGGUCCACUGCAGCGCUGGGAUUGGACGCUCAGGGACCUUCUCGUUGGUCGACACGUGUCUCAUCCUGAUGGAAAAGAGGAAGGACUCGUCGUCAGUGGACAUUCUGAGAGUUCUGCUGGACAUGAGGGAGUACCGGAUGGGUCUGAUCCAGACUCCUGACCAGCUACGCUUCUCCUACAGGGCUGUCCUGGAGGGAGCCAAGAGGAUCAUGGGAGACUGCUCUGCACAGAGCCAGAAGAGAGAGCUGUCCAGAGGGGACAGAGCGACAGUAUGUGAUUCACCGCCUUCCCCCCCUCCCAGGUGGCUCUCUGACACCCCCGCCCCCCCUCUACCCCCACCACGGCCUUUAGACGCCCCCGCCCCCCCUCUACCCCCACCACGGCCUUUAGACGCCCCCGCCCCCCCUCUACCCCCACCACGGCCUUUAGACGCCCCCGCCCCCCCUCUACCCCCACCACGGCCUUUAGACGCCCCCCCGUCCCCUCUACCCCCGCCACGGCCUUUAGACGCCCCCCAGUCCCCCAGUCGGCCCUCAGAAAAGCCCAACGGCCAGCCACUGCCCUGUGUGGAGCCUGAGCCUGUGGCGUUGUCCAGAGAGGACCGGACAUCAGGAGACGGGACAGAUCCAGACAGAUCAGAGAAGGACCUGGCGGAGGUGCCAAGUCUGAGGAAGAGACACAGGGAGGAGCGUAUCGCCUGCACGGCCCAGAAGCUUCACCUGAUGAAACAGAGACUGACGAACACAGAGAGGCAGAGAGAACGCUGGCUGUACUGGAGGCCUGUGCUGCUCAACAUGGGGGCUGGAGCUGCCGUGGCCCUAGGGCUAGUGGUGGUUUGGCUCUUCUCCCAGUGAUUUCCCUCCCUCUGUCAGAGCUGCCGUGGCCCUGGGGCUAGUGGUGGUUUGGCUCUUCUCCCAGUGAUUUCCCUCCCCCUGUCAGAGCUGCUGUGGCCCUGGGGCUAGUGGUGGUUUGGCUCUUCUCCCAGUGAUACCCCCUCCCCCUCUGUCUUUUUUGCACCAGUACCUGGCACACGGUACCCUCUCUCUCUCUCUGUAAGAUACAUUCUCAUGGUCUGUUUGUGCAUAACAGGGGUAUUUAUUUCUAUAAGUCAAAACCAAGAUUGGGGUCAAUUCCAUUUUUGAUUCCUGUCAAUUCAGGAAGUACACUGAAAUUCCACAUUUCAAUUCUCUUCAAGCUUUUAAAAAAAAAGAUUUAACAUUUAGAAUUUAGUUUUGCUUUCUGAACUGAAAUGGUGUUGAACUCAACCCUGGUGGAAAGGUCAGAGCACUAGAUCAAACCGUCCCGGUGUAUAUUUUGGUUCCUGUUUAAAGAUCUUGGUGGUAACAUCUUCUCUCAGGCUGUUGGUGCUCCAGUUGGCAGCACCUGAUGAAUGUACUGUCUGAAACCCCCCCUAUGCAGCAGCAACAGACAUCAUGUGCAAAAGGCUCAGUACAAAACAACAACAUCAUCUUGACCUUUUUACUUUCGUUCAUUCUUUUUAUUUCAUUUUAAAAGGUCAGAUUGUUUCAUUGAUAUGAUUGAUGUACGUAUUUGACAGGAAGCAAUUCAAAGGCUGUUUCACCUCUUUUUGGGGGAUCCUCUCAUAGAGCAACAGGAACAUAGAGGUCAGAGGUCAGCAGUAGAACUGUUCUCUAACCAACAACAUACUUUGUUCUUCAUAAUGCUGAUGGUGCUUUGACAUGUGUUCCUGACCAGACACGGUUCUUCCGUUGUGUCAGCAGGGUCCGGACCAGGCAGAGUUUGGUCUGAACGGUCAGCAGGGCCCGGACCGGGCAGAGUUUGGUCUGAACGGUCAGCAGGGCCCGGACCGGGCAGAGUUUGGUCUUAACGGUCAGCAGGGCCCGGACCGGGCAGAGUUUGGUCUGAAUGGUCAGCAGGGCCCGGACCGGGCAGAGUUUGGUCUGAACGGUCAGCAGGGCCCGGACCGGGCAGAGUUUGGUCUGAACGGUCAGCAGGGCCCGCAGCGGGCAGAGUUUGGUCUGAACGGUCAGCAG